AUGGAAUACCACAUGCAGUACAGUACCCAGGACUCCCUGAACGCAGGAAAGAAGGCGUUCAUGGGGCAGGGAUACAACUUUGACAAGGCAGCGUUGAAGAAAAAGAAAAACGGCCUCAUCAUCUUGUCCGUCUCGGUUAUUUGUAUAGUCGUGUGCUCCGUAUUUUACUUCACCAGAUCUGCACAAGGGAAUGGAGGCAUUAUAUACAGAAAUGGGGAGAAAGUGGACGAUGAUUACAUAAUAAAUUUUUUAUUAAAAACUAAAAAUGGAAAGGAAUUUAUUGCAUCAAAAAUGCAGGAGUUAUUAUCGGCGUAUGGCAAAAAGAAGGACAACACGUCCUCUCACCAUGCAGACAUAUUCAAACGCUUUACAAGGAAGGACAAAUGUACAGGCAAUAGUUGUGGUGUUAGUCCAUAUAGGAAGAAUUCACAUGAGGAAGAGAUGGUACCCCAACCAAAAUUAGUCAACCCUCUUAUUGACACCCAAUUUUUGAUGACCAAUUUGGAGAAUGUCAAUUCGUUUUACCUCUUCAUUAAGGAGCACGGAAAGGAAUACAAGACGCCAGAGGAGAUGCAACAAAGAUACCUCGCUUUUGCAGAAAAUUUGGCCAAGAUUAAGGCACACAACAGUCAAGGAACUUCCAUGUACAGAAAAGGAAUAAACCAUUUUGGUGAUCUUUCCUUUGAAGAGUUUAAGAAGAAAUUUUUGACUCUGAACACCUUCGACUUUAAGUCAGGUGUUAAGGGAUUACCACGCAUGGCUGAUUACGAUGAAGUAAUUCAUAAGUACAAACCAAAGGAUGGUACUUUUGAUUACGUGAACCAUGACUGGAGAGACUUUAACGCCGUGGCACCUGUGAAGGACCAGAAGAAUUGUGGUGCCUGCUGGGCCUUUAGCACAACAGGAGUUGUAGAGUCACAAUACGCAAUUAGGAAAAAGGAGUUAGUCUCCCUAAGUCCACAAGAAAUGGUCGAUUGCUCCUUCAGAAACCAUGGAUGCGAAGGAGGCACCCUCAUGAAUGCCUUUGAGGACAUGAUCGAUUUGGGAGGCAUCUGCAAAGAAAAGGACUACCCCUAUGUAGAUGUAACUCCAGAACUUUGUGACAUUGAUAGAUGCAAGAACAAGUAUAAGAUUACAACCUACGUACAGAUUCCUGAAAUGAGAUUUAAAGAAGCCAUAAAAUUCUUAGGACCCAUCAGUGUAAGCAUUGCUGCUAAUGAUGAUUUUGCUUUCUAUGAGGGAGGUCUCUUUGAUGGCUCUUGUGCAAUUUCCUCCAACCAUGCUGUCGUACUUGUUGGUUACGGUAUGGAAUUAAUGUAUGAUGCCAUGAGCCGAGGGUAUGAAAAACGAUACUACUAUUUGCUCAAAAAUUCUUGGGGAGAGAAAUGGGGAGAAAAGGGUUAUAUGAAGAUUCAGACAGAUGAGUACGGAUUGAUGAAGACUUGCAUGCUUGGUGAACAAGCUUUCGUUGCUUUAAUUGAUGAAUUUUAA